GAAAAACUUCUUAAAACAGAAUUGUACCAGAAAAUAGUCAAAAUCACUGUUUUGCUAUUUACUGCAAGCUAUACCAGAAUAUGGUAUUUUGAACCGCCAAAAGUAUUUGCACCUGAAAAUUACCGGGAUAGGAUGAAAUGCAUUGAAAUUGCAAAACCUGAUCACAUGCCUGACCGUAUCCAUCACAUAUCAGACAUCCAGUAUUUUGAAAAUUGA